AUGGCAACCUCGGCAAACUUCAUUCCUCUCGGGGGAGUGGAUAAGACUCAUGAGUUCGAUCAACCUAUGAAAAAGCGCGAUGCGGGUUAUAGAGCUAAGUCUCUUUCCGCUGGAAAGCCGAAGGUUAUUGGAGCUACUAAGGAGGAGCGAUCGCGAAUUGCGCGCGAAGUACGAAAUGCGGCGAAGAAAGAGAAGAAGAAGGCCAAGUCCGAUGCAAAGAAGGCUAGAAAAUUGAAUGGUAUCAUGACUAGACGAGCUACUCGUAACCCAGAAAAAUACAACAAGAACAAGGAGAGAAAUCGUCUUCACGCAAUCGACGUCGAACGUUACAAGAUUCGCUUGAACGCCGUCAACCAAGCCCAGAAAUUGGCCGCGGUCCAUGAUCCUAGUGGAGUUUCCUUUAAUGUGGGAGAGGUAGUUACAUUGGAAGAUGGAACCGUGAAGAGUAAGAAGAGCUUGGAGAGGAAACAAGAACUUGCCGAAGGGAAGCAGUCGGUCCAAAAUGAAGAAACUGCUGUGCCAGAAGGUAUCAAUCCGGAACGACUUCAUCUUCUUGAUGGAGAGAAGAAAUCACAUAUUUCGAAGACGGCACUCAAGAAGAAGAAAAUGUACGAACCAAAACCUAUUCCACCUAAACCGAUUAUUCCCGAGGGAGUCGCUCUACCAGAAGGAGAGGAGAAUUGGUUAGCAUUAUGGGAUAUUUCGGAUGGACAAAUCGAGCAGAGGAUCGCGAUGGCUAAGAGAGAAGCUGGAAAUGCAAAGAGGGAUCUUAGAAGAAGGCAAAGGGAAGAAGCUAAAUUUAGGAGGUUAAUGAAGGCGAAGAGAAGAAACGCACAGAAAAUGGGUAUUGUUUUCGAUCCCAUUGCAGCAAAGAACGAGAUUUUGGGCGACAACGAUGAUGACGAGGAUGAUGAAGAAGCUUCUGAUUCUGAAAAUGAAUCGAAUAGUGAUUCUGACUCCGAGAGCGAUAACGAAGAAGAUUCUGAGGAGACCAAGGCCAAGAAACGAGAAGAGAAGAAACAGAAACCCAGAUUUAACCUAGACGAGAGCCAAUUAAACGCAAUCGUCAAAAAAGAAAUACAGCGCGUCAGGAAGGAUACACGAAAACAAGAGAAAAUAAUGGGUGUAUAUGAGAAAGAGCCAAAAGUAAUGACCGAAGAACAAAAGGUCGCAUUGAAAGAAGCCCGUAUAAAGCGCAAAGCCGAAAAGAAAGCCGAAAAAAGGGCAAAGAAGGAGGAAGAGGCGAAGCUGGGAGUAGUAAGUUUGAAGGGAAAGCAAAAUAGAAAAGCAAGGAAGGAAUUAAGGAGAGCUGAGAGGGCCAAGAAAGCUGAAGAGAAUGGAGAUGCGCCUGUGACAGAGAACGUCAAGGAGGACGAGGAUGAAGGAGGUGUCGAUUUGUUGGGUAGUCUGGAGAUGGCACUAAAUCAACCUGAGGAAACGAAGGAACAGAAGAAGGCCCGUAAGAAGGCUGAAAAGGCCGAAAAGGCCGAAAAGGAAACAUCCGAAGCAGUGGAGGAAAGUAAAGAAGAGAGGAAAGCUCGCAAGAAGGCCGAAAAGGCCGCAAAAGUUGCUACCGAUGAACCAACACCGGCCGCGGUCACAGAACCAAUAGAGGAAAUUAAAGAAGAGAAGAAAGCCCGCAAGAAGGCUGAAAAGGCGGCUAAAUCCACCCCUGUCGUUGUCAAAGAGGAAACUCCUCAACCAGAACCAGUAGCAGAGGAAAGCAAAAAACGCAAGCGCUCCAAGGAGGAAAAGGAAUCUUUGAAGAAGAAGUCCAAACCCACUGAAGAGCCUGAGGAACCAAAAGCUGAGAAAGAAAUAGCGGCUCAGUGGAAUGCAGAUGCGCUAGAUGGGGAUGCGCAAAGGAAAAGCAAGUUUUUGAGAUUGCUUGGGGCUGGAAAGGGCGGCGCUGUCAGUGGAAAGGGGGUGGAGGCUAAGGGCAAGGGAGAUAUUCAGAAAGUGCAGAGUGAGUUGGAGAGACAGUAUGAUUAUGGGAUGAAGAUGAAACAUGAUGGAGGUGGGAAGAGGAGAGGUUUGGGCGCAUAG